UGUAGCUCUGAUGAAUUCCUAUUUACUUUCACCAGACAAGGUGCUCUCCAAUGCAUUACAUUCAUAGACAGUGUGACGAAGCCAGUGAUCAAGCAGCUCCUGGACAACCUUUUGGAAGACCGGGUGCUGAACGAUGAAGAAACAGACUCAGUGAAGGAGGAGAACAGCACUAAGACAAAGCAGGCACGAUGCCUCAUUGAUAUGGUGCGGAAGAAAGGGAGAAAAGCCAGUGAGAAGAUGAUUGCCCGAGUUCAGGAGAGAGAUCCUGGACUUUAUGACAAAUUGGGUCUGGACCCCAGGCAGCCGGCCAAGAUGACACCAUCAUCGCCCCAGUUGUCACAGCAGGAGGUGCGCCAAGUGUCCUCUGUCCUCAUCCCCAGCACCAGUGACUUUAAGGAGGGCAUUCUUCAGCGGAAGGGUUACGAGAUUUACCCUCCAAUGGAUAAGUCUGGUCGGAAGCGUCUGGCCCUGCUCAUAAACAACGUGGAGUUUGAUGAUAAGAGCAUGCUGAGACGAGGUGCAGUGAAGGACGAGGAGAACAUAGAGAGGCUUCUCAGGGAUCUGGGAUAUGAUGUGGUGAAACAUAGAAACCUGUCUGGACAGGAGAUGGAUGAGGCUGUGAAAGCAUUCUCUAAACGUGAGGAGCACUUAUUAUCGGACAGCGUCUUCGUGGUGAUGAUGUCUCACGGGGAGCUGGGAGCCAUCAUGGGUGUCCACUACAAGGAAGGGGACCCUAAACCUGAUGUCUUCCCCAUCACCAACAUCUUCACACACCUGAAUACAGAUAACUGCAAAGCACUGGUUAACAAACCCAAAGUCAUCCUCAUUCAGGCCUGCAGGGGAGGCAAUGACGGGUUUGUUUGGGUCAGUGACGCGGUGCCUGGGCCCAGCCAUGACCUGGAGUUAGAGAGUGACUCAAUCAAGAGGGAACACAACAAAAAUGACUUAAUCUCCCUCUUGUCCUGUACACCAGAUACUAAGUCCUACAGAGAUCCAAAGAUGGGCACCUUUUUUAUCCAACACAUCAUGGAGACAUUCAACACCUAUGCCUGUGAUGAUCAUAUAGAAGAAUUAUUCAGGAAGGUCAUGGUUCGCUUUGAAGAUUUCCACAUGGGAAAAGGCAGACAGAUGCCAACCAAAGACCGAGCCACUCUAACAAAGCACUUCUACCUCUUCCCAGGCCUCUGAGUAGUUGUGAUGGUUGAUGAAUUGAACUGUAAUCACAAUGGAGGAAUAAGGGAGGAACAUUGUAUCAGUUUUUCUGUAUGAAACCAUACAUCACAAUAAAGUGUUUGGUGUCA